CGUGAUCGAUAUUUUUAAUAUUUUGACAGAAGAAGUACAUGUCAAAAUAUUGAAAAAUAUCAUCACGAAGUCCUGAACCUGUACUGUAUGCAUACCGUUAAUAAUAAAGUCGUACCUACCCGUAGGCGGUACGGUUGUCAGUAAGAUUAAUACGGAAGGCCGAAGUUUGGCUAGCCUAGUCUUUCUCUACAGAUGAUCUAGUAAAUUCAAAGAUGACAUGGAUUCUCUUUCCUUGGAAGAUCAAAGAGGGCGACAGUGCAAUGUUUGCUACCAUUCCUUUGCACGAGAUGGUGAACAUGUUCCUCGGAUUCUAACCUGCGGCCAUACAUACUGUACAGCUUGUCUAGGUAAGCUGGUUGGCAAGUUUUCUCAUGGUAAAAUCUGCUGCCCAACAUGCAAAACAGAUACAACAAUUCCAGGACUGGUGAACAAUGUGCAAAAGCUGGCAAAGAAUUUUGCUGUUCUUGACAUACUGGAAGGUUUGGAAGAGGUUCUAAGAGGCUCAUCUUUGGCCACAAAUCAGAUGUUAUUAUGCAAUGAACAUGAAAACGAGCCGAAGAAGGUGUACUGUUUGACAGAUAGCAUGGUAAUCUGUAUAUACUGCCAAGUUUACGGACCUCAUAAAGACCACGAAUGCCAGCUUGUUAGUCAGGUAGCUUCCAACAACAGGGAGAUAUUAGCUCAAAUGCAAGAGGAUUUGUCCACUCAGAAAAAGAUACUACUCCCUGCCUGGAGACAGAUCCAAGAUGUCUCCAAUACUGUACAACUUACGGAGGAGAAAUUGAUGCGAGAAGUUCGUCAACAUUUUGAUGUUCUCAGGAGGAAAUUAUGCCGAAGGGAGAAAGAGGUCACAGGUCAUCUAAAAUCACUCACAUCGGGAAAAGUUGUUGUACUGCACAAACAAUGCAGGAGAAUAGGUGAGCUAAUGGACAGAGUGGAGCAGCUCAAAAUGGCUUGCCAAUCUUUCAUCUCUGGCCCAGAUUAUGAGGUUGUGCUCAAAAUGGAUUCUUUGAAGCGUGAUGUAGACUCCUUCAUUGCAGAGCUACCCAGUCAUGACUUGAGUCCUUGUGCAAGGAAUAAUCUUGAGUGUGACCUACCUCAAGAGUUGCAAAGGGCCAUAGCAGCUCAUGGUGCAGUGAUUGAAUGCAAGGAUCCCGAGCGAUUAGAAGACCCAAAGACAACCGAACCAUCAGGGGCUAGCAUACAGGACCAGGAACAGUCCCAACCAGUUACAGAGACCAGCUACUCUGGAGCUAGUGCGGAUGAGGCUGAGGUAGUUGGUGUCCGAUUGCAGAGCCCAGAGAUAGCCGCUGCUCCCAGUCAGAGAAACAGACAUUCCUCAACCAGACCAAGGCAAAGACUCCAGAGACCCGAUGUCAUCAUCUUUGACAGUGUAGGAGACCUGGAUGAGAUCGAUCCAUCUGUAUGUCAAGUGCGCCCUCUAUGCCAAUGCCAUGGUGAUGGCAGUCGCGGGAGAUGUGACUUGUUUGUGCACAGCGGCAGACGCAGACUGGGAGAACGAGAUACCAGCCAAAAUGAAGAGGACACCUUUCAAGACGUGAGUGAUGCGAGCUCUGACACUUCCUCCUCCUCCGCUGCUAGCCCUGACUUCAGCGACAUUAGUGACCUGGAGCUUGACCUUCCAUUGCGGACGGCCUGGUCAAACCUUGGAGGCUGGUCAUCACCGAAUGUCAACCCCUCCCCAUUCUGCCAGGAAGGAGAGAGGAGUACGACGGCGGGAGAGACGCCGGUCAGGGUAUCUGUCAGGGAGGUCGUGGCCGAGAUGGAGAGAGGACAGAAUUCCGGGGAAGCUGCAGAGGGUGGAGCCGUUGGAGGACAGGCUCAGGACACUAACUUGUCUUCUGAUGAAGUGAUGCCAAGAAAUCCUGAUAGAAGCCAAGAUGGUACCACGGACACAGGAUGUAUACUGACCUCUAAUGGCCAUGUCCAUCCAAAAUCAAACGUGGAACCAAAAUGCUCAGUAUUCAACUGCUCAUCUCAGGCAGCCACUGCUGUUUACGUCCGUUGUAAGCAUUGCAACAGAGUCUUCUGUCAGAGCUGUGUCCAUCAUUCCUCAAGCGCUCGUCGCUGCUACAAACGUCCUCGCGGUCAUAGCUUCGUUCUCAUCCCGCAUUCAUCAUCUCAAGCCCACUCCUCCAACAACAACAACAGCAACUGUGAUGCCCCUCCGGCGGUCGUUUCUUGGGGAAGUCACCGACAUCGAAGGCAUCACCACCCUGGCUACCAUCACCACCAUCAUCAUGCUGGUAGUCGGCAUCAUCAGCAUCACUCCUCAUCUCGACGUCACCAUCAUCAUCAGCACUCGUCACAUCACCAUGACAACCAGGAAUACUCCCAGCAUCAGCACCUGCGGAGAGACUUCCGUCGUAGCAGGAGUAGAGGUCAGCAUAGGUCGGGAGGUCAUCAGGAGUUUGAGGAUGGUCAUGUCAGAGUGCAGAGGGAAGGGAAUCAUUCUCGAGCGAUGGAAAGAUUCUUUGAAGAUCUGAUCAUCUAAAUGCUCCUUCAAUUUGAAGGCAAAUUAUAUUAUAUAGGAGAUGAGCUUAUUUGAUAGAUACUUUGAAGAAUGAAGAUGAAGUCUUAUUUUCAUCUGAACAUUUUAUUGAUUUAUUGUUUUGCACAUUUAUCAUUAAUUUAAUCAUCUAUUCAUCUUUUUUUUAUUUAUUUAUUUAUAUAUUUAUUUAUUAAUAUAUUGUCUUGUUAUUUAAAAUCCAACAGGACAGUUCUGUCAAGGUAUGAAGUACUGUUAUAUUUGAGGCCGUGUGUAACAUAUGAAAGACUUACACAUAUGUGAGAAACCUCAUAAAUGGUGAAUACUAUUCAUUGAAUAUUGGUAAACAACAUAGCUUUAUCAUAUAGAGUACUGUAAAAUGAAUUGACAUUGAUCGCAUUCAGGGACAAGCUAAAUAGGUAAAUCAUGAGUUCUACUUUAUAUACUAUAAUUAUUAUCGAUUGAGUUCAUUUUUUUAUAUUUAAAAAUACAAAAUAAUUAUUACACAAUAAACCCAAAAGCAAAACAGAAAUGAAAUUUGAAAGGAAAUGAUUCAGAAUUAUACCAAUGAAUAAAGAUUCAGUGUAGAUCUUAUGUAGUAUCACAAUAGUGACUAUGACAAAGAAUUUGUAGGUCAAGAGAAUUGACCCUGUUAUUUCAACCAAGUGUGUUAAAAGACGACCUGUCUCCAUAGAGUUCAUUUUGCCUAAUGAAUAUGGACCCUGUCCGCAAAGAUCAUUUUUAUGGAAUUCUUUUACAUAGGCGUUGAAAGAAAAUACCUGAUAAGGAACAUGAUAAUUUCAGUAAUGAUAAAAUAAGUGAUGCAGCUUUUUAUCUCAGUUAGGCAAGCACUGACAUUUUCCUCCUAGUUCCACCCAUGCCUUAAUUUGGUUUGUCAUUACCAUUGGCUCCUUAACCCUAAUUCUCCCGGGGGGGGGGGGCAUCAUGGCCCCCCUCGACAAUUUUCGCGAUAUAUCUGCUGCGCAAAUUUUUUUGACCUCUUUGCUCACAGACUUUUUUACUUUCAAGUCUCGCGCAAAUUUUGAGACCAAAUUUGUGACGCCCGGGUACGCGGUUACGACAUUGCGCAACAUUAUGUAAGUGCAUGUCAGACCCCAAAUUGCUCAUAAACAUGAUUUCAUGUACAAAUCCAAUGCAGAUUGUGUAUUAGCCAAAAUUAAUAAAUGUAUCAUUAUUUCUACUUUUACUGAUUAAACUAAAUUAAUUUUGCCUUGUUUAUGAUCAGAAUUAAGUCUGGAACGAUUUCCAUUGAAAAAACAAUAAAAAAACAAAAAGUAAAAAAACAAAGAAAUACAUAAGAAAUUUUUAAAAAAAUCAAAUACAUAAGAAAUCGGUCUUGGUACCAGAAUUUUUUCAUUCAAAAUUGUUAGGAAUGCUAUUAAGAAUCUUUUCACCAAAAAAUAUCAUUUUAGGAGCUUUAUUUAGUGAAUCAGAGCAAAAAGUAUGAUUUCAUGAAUAAAUUAGCAUAAUUAAUUCAUAUAAAAUAAAAAUAUAUAAAAUCAGUGAAAUUUACCAAUGCAACUGCGUAGAUUACGUCAUUCUCUACCAUCAUGCAAAUUUUCGUUGUGAUCGUGCAAUCCGCGGCUGAGAUCGUAAGGAAUGACAAGAAUAAAAAUACCCCGGGAGAUUUAGGGUUAAACACCCCCCCCCCCCCUUGUUUCAGUGAAAUUAUAAAUUAUGUCAUACCUACUCUAUUUAUUUUGAUUAGCAAUUUAUAAUCUGUAAGAUGAAAUUUUUGUAAAUGUCCUAGCUUUACUCAUUCUGUAAGUCUACUUAAAUUUCCUAUACUAUAUGCAACCCUUGCUACGCAAGAAUAGACAGAUCAUGAAUAGAAUAUCACAUGAAUAUUUUAGAUAUGUUACUAUACAAAUAAAUUUAUAUGCCAAUAUAUUAGCGUACGCAGGUGUUUUUCCAAAGACAACCUCAAUUGGGUUUCACUAUCAGACACAACCCGUCAAGUAAUUCAUGUAAAUUGCUACUAAAAGCCUAUUAUUUUGCUGGGGUUGAAAUUACUUAAUGAGAAUUUCUUUCAAUCAAAUCAGGGGCCCAUUUCAUGAAACUUGUCUUAACAAAUUUGUGAUAAGCUACUGAUAUCAUUCAAUUUGAUAUUAAAAUUGUUAUAGAAGUUAUGGAAUAAAUUGAAAUUUGUCUUAUAAUUCUAUAAUGUUAUUCAAAAUAAAUAGUAAGUGUAUGCCAUCAUCAGCUCUCUCAUUUUUAUUCAGCCCUGUUGCGAUUUUACUAUUUUUUGUGAAAUUAAGCAAAACUUUUAAAUGUGAUAACCAUGUAACUUUACUUCGUAGUGUGAUGAAAAUUUCCAGAUUUUAUUCAAAUCAACUAAUUCAGGUUGAAUUGGCCUUUUACUAUCAAGAGAUAAUGAGAGGUGACAUGUUUAAGAUUAAGAAGCUUGCCAUACUGUCUGUACAUUUCCUUUUAUUAUAAAUAUCAUAUCUGGACUGCUAUGAGAGACAUAGUUGUUUCUAGAGGCUCAAGGGGACUGCAUUUUGACUAUCCCAGAGGGCUUUUGCCGAGGGCAUGGUUUGGCUGAUGUGGUACACAUGUACCGAAAGCAACAAACAUAUCAUAGCAAUCCAUACAUCUUUUACGAACCAAAUUAAUGUUUAGGUUUAGUUUAGACCUGAAAAAUAGUUUACUAGGUAAGAUCUUUUGCAUUUAGUGGAAUAGCUUUAUUAGAUCUGAACUGUAAUGUUAAAUCUAAAUCUAGGCUAACCUAAAAGAUAGUUAGCCUAUUAAACUUUAUCUUGUAUACAUUAGACUUACGUUAACUUUUAAACACUCUUGGUGCCUUUUGCAAGCCUUGAUAAUUGACAUCUAAGGCUGGUAGAACGAAAAAAAGAAAAUGUUUUUUUUUUUUUUACAAUAUCCAAUGAAAUAUUGAGGAUAGAACAAACAGAAGUAAAGACUUUGUAUUCGAUAGGCAAUCUUUGUUACUACAUGUAGGCAUGUGUUUAUAAAAAGUGUUUGGGUGUUCAAGUUGGUUAACAAUGAUUAAUUUACGAUGUCAUUGUGCUGUCUAUUUCUACAUCUGCAAAGCAAUCUGAUGAAUAAAGCAACUUUUUACAUGUCAUCAGUGGGGAUCUAGCUGGGGAAAAAUUUAACUAUUUCUUUUACUAGGUGGCAGUGGUCAUAAAUCUUUUUAACUAUGCCUGUUUCCCCUCGGUAACCUCCACAGUUUGUUGCUUUGCAGGCAUGGUCAGAUACAUGACCCCAUGUUUUAACAAUCACUGGAUUAUUUAACAUUCAUAAAGAGAAGUUUAUAACCUAUUCUAUAAAAAUGAAACACACCAACUGCCUUAUCAAUGUAUUUCCUUUAGUAUAUAUAUAUAUCAAUGUGAGUACAAACAAACUAUAUUCAGGUUGGAAUCCAUGCUUAUUUUUAAGAUAUCAGUAAAGCUUCAGCUCCUAUCUUUCUCUCUGUAUUAAAGAUGUUUAUUCAUUGUAGUUGGUUUUGUUGAUAUCAUCCUGUUGAAAAAAAUACACCUUGUUGUCUUGUGUGUGAACUGUAAAUAUAAUGAAUAAUGUGUUUCCCCUUCCGAUUAAUAUUUUGGUGAUGGUUAUUGAAAAGGAUUUAAUAGAGAACUGCAUGCAUGUUAUGUAUAAGUAGCAAAUUCUCUGUAUAUCUUUGUUGAUGCUAUUGAGAUAUAUGAUUUGUAAUUAAAACAAGUUGACUGUUUAGUUAAGUAUCUAUUUGUGAAAAGCUAAGUUCAUUCAGAAGGAGCCAGGCUGAAAGCUGAAGCCUUAUUUGUGUUAACUCAUAGCUGGUAAUGAAUCUAGUAGAUAUAGGGCUGUUCAUUCUCCGCUAUACCAUAUUGUUUUUUAAAGUCAUACUUUAAAUUUCUGUGUACUUGACCAUGCAACACUUUCAUGAAACUGAUUUACAUAUAGAUGUUGUAAUAGACUGUAGUGGAUCUCUAUUUGAUGUUACAAUUCGUAUUUCAAUGCAAUAAUGCAUUUCUUCGAUAUAACCAAACUAACGUUCAUCUACCAAAUUCUUUCAAAACAAGAAUAUUUGACAAAAGUGCCGAUCAGUGUCUAGAGCAGGUUAUCUUCAUGACGCUUGGUAUUUAUAAACUUACAGUUUGUAUACUGUAUGUAUCUUGUGAUGGUAUUAUUCCUUUCAGAUUAAAAUGUAUUGUAUUAAUCUUGGAUUAACUUUCUUUACUGGAGUGAUGAUUAAACACUGCUGUACACUAGACUUACAA